CCACUUGGCCCAUCAGGAACUUCCGGUACGUGGAAUGCCGGAACUCUUCAAACAACUCACGUGAGGGGAAGGCGUUUGAGGAGGCGCGUAGUGCCAACGCAUCCUGUAAACUUACCCUUCUUUCGGCAUGCGUGUAUAUCCGGGUUCAACUUUCAUGAAUCACAGAAAUAUUCAAAAUGAGCAGUUUGGAAGAAGCUGAGCUACAACUUUCUGAAUUAGAUUUGCUUUCUAGUAUGUUUCCCCAUGAAGAUGAAUUUAAGGUGAUUGACCAGUUGGCUUUGGCAGAACUGAGAGAACACGUAGAAAGAUCUACUUCGGAAGUGCCAUCUUCAAAAAUACAGUUUAUUUUGAAUUUAGAAUUAGAAACAUCUAGUGGAAAAAAGGUUCCACUUACUUUGUCUUGUGCUUACCCAUUAAAAUACCCAGCUGUUCUCCCAGAAAUCACUAUCAGAUCUCCAUCGAUAAAUCGAUUGCAGCAGGGUCAGCUGAACACAGAUCUCAUAUCCUACUUGAAGAAACAUUGUGCUGGUGAGGUUUGCAUAUUAAGUGCAAGAGAAUGGAUUAAAGAUCAUGCUGCUGAUUAUGUGACCAAGGAUCUCCCAUCUUCCACUGUUCAGAAAUCAAACACUGAGAAUUUAGAAAACAUUUUCACUAGGCUCUGGAUUUACAGUCAUCACAUUUAUAAUAAGCAAAAAAGAAAGAAUAUAGUUGACUGGUCUAAGGAACUUUCUCUGUCUGGAUUCAGCAUGCCUGGAAAACCAGGGAUCAUUUGUGUAGAAGGCCCACAGAGCAUGUGUGAGGAGUUUUGGUCAAGACUCAGAAGGUUAUCAUGGAAGCGAAUUUUAAUUCGUCACAGAGAAGACAUUUCCACAGAAGGGUCUGUAGCUGAAAUGGAGAAACAAAAGAAGUUUUUGGCUUUUGAAGAAAAAAUAUUUGAUGCCCACGGUGCCAGAGGAAAUCAUAUGGAUUUGGGCCAAUUCUAUCGUUUUUUACUUGACAGUGGAUGUGCAGAUAUGUUUCAACUCUACUUUGGAGUAGAAGGACAGUAGACAAUAAAGCAGGUGUGGAAGGGAUAGAAACACAUGGAAAAAUUAAAUGAAGCUCUGUUAAACUUUGGUGCUUUCCUUAAAAAAAAAUGAUCAUUAGAUUUUAAUAUGUUAUCUAUAUUAAUGUUCCCGUCUAUGUGUUUGUUGUUUUUAGUUUGUUGUAUGAUUAUAUUGUACUAGUAUGGGAUUGUUUUAUAAUGAAAAAUUGUUAAUAUCAGAAUAUACCAGAUUUAUCUUGGAUGCCCAGAUAGCCUUGGUUUUAAAAGGAUAUUUGACAGUGACAAUAGCAUUAAUGACAAUGUUUAAAACUAAUCAAAUUAAUCACUUGAGCUCAUGCAUUUUCAUGGACUAACUCUGAUCUGAAGCGCUUGUAUCCUUUUAUCCAUUGCAGAAUUACAAUCUGCAUCAGGUUAUAUUGUUAACAAAGCUCAUACCUGAAAUGUCUGUUCUUUUAGCCCUUGCAUAGGAAAAUAUUAUAUCUGACUUUCAAAAUAACCCACUCUUAGGAUCUCCUCCCAUUUCAUACCCAUAUAUUUUUUUCACUUCAAGGGUAGCAAGAUUAUACAAGUCACUCACUCAUGCCAAUCAGUGGAUCUGCUCAAUAUACUAUGCAUCAAAAGGCACAAUGCAGGCAUUUAUCAUUUUCUCCUUAACAGAUCUUUUUGUAGUAAGAAAAAUGAUGGAAAUUGCAGUAAAAUACAGUGGAUUGUGAAUUGAAGCCAGCAUCUGGAUAUCCUGAAAAAUUCCAUGAGCAAUGUAAGACAAUCGCACAAUAAAAGCUUCACGUGAAAGCAUCUGUGGUUAGCAGAAAUCAA